AUGGUUAAAAAGGGAAAGGCCAAGGCGGCGCCCGCAGCCAAAGAUGCUGCCAAACCCACCGGCGCCUCGGCCUCCCAGGGCAAAAAGGGAGGAAGCGCCGCCGCCACAGGCAAAGCUCCAGCUGCAGCUUCUACCAGUGGUAGUCAGAAGCAACAACAACAGCAGGUUCCGGAGUCGCAUCUCCUCGCACCCCCGAAACCCACAGCGAAGCAGAUCAUAGGCGGCUCUUCAUGGACCGGCAAGCUCCCCAUGAACCUCUUCAACGAGCUCUGCCAGAAGCAAAAAUGGAACACCCCCGUCUACGACAUGAGAAAGACCCCCGAGGGCUUCUCGUGCUGGGUGUCUCUCAGCGCAAAGGACCCCAAGACCCAGGAGGUCAUCAAGCUGGAGCCAUUCAAGAUCCCCCCUUCGCACAAGCACCUGCUCUGCAAGCCCACGGCCCUGGAGGCGAGGCACUACGCCGCUACGUACGCGCUCUUCAGGGUCUGCAGCAUGCAGAAUAGACAUGCCGUGCUGCCCCCAGCCUUUAGGGCUCUCUGGAAGGAGUUUGCAGCCCUCAAGGCUCAAGACGUCAAGGAUGGUAAGGAGUGGAUGUACAGCGCCGAUCCGUUCAAGACUUAUCGUGAGCGCGAGGAAGCCAAGGCCGCCGCGGAGAAGAAGAGGCAGGAGGCCAAGGCAGCUGAGGAAAAGGCAAAGUCCAUGCCGGGUGCGUCCGGUCUCGUGCUCAGAAGCAACGCGCUCAACGCUUCCGGUAAGUCCUCGAAUCUGAUGAAGGGAUGGAGCACUGCUCCCAAAAUCGAAAUGGGAAAGAGGGCUAGGGUUCAGCUUGAAGGCCUGCUGCGGCGGACCGCGACCUGGAAUCCGUACGGCAUCCAGAUCCCCGCCGCGGAGCGGAGGGCGAUUGUCGCCGAGCUUUCGAAGCUUGGUUUCCGUCCGAGUCACAUCGAGGAGGCCACCUCGUACUGCAAGGACAAAGAAGAAACCCUUGAGUGGCUCUUGAUCCACGUUCCCGAGGAUGACCUGCCGUCUUGGGCGUUGCCCGAAAGCUACGCUGCUGGAAUUAGUGUCGGAGCAUCCGACCUGAAGCGCGAGGCGGCCAUCAAGCGCCUAGCUCAGCCUGGUUACUCCAUCGACCUCUGUCGGCGAGUCUUUGACAGGGAAAAUGCCGAUGAGGGCAAGGCUGCCGAGGUCCUCCAGCGGAUAUUACUUGAUAAGCCCGAGCACGCACCUGAAGCCGAAAAUGAGGAUGAAAUGUACUUUGGAACGCCCGAGGAGAACUGGCAAGAGGAAACCGAGAGUCUCGAGUCCGUCUUCGGCGACAAGUUUACGCGGGAGUCCGGCAGUCAUAUUAUUCAGGUUCGUCUCGAUGACAUUACCGACCACAGCAAGAAGGUUGUGAACGUGGCCGUUCAAAUCCGCAAGUCCCCGAGCUACCCCGCUCAGCUCCUCCUCGGCAUCGUCGCCAACCUCCCCUCCUACAUCAAGCUCGCCAUUCUCCGAAAAACGCUCGAGUACGUCGAAGAGUCUCUAAAGGGCGAGCCAAUGAAGAUCUACUUCGUAGUCGACUGGAUACAGCAAAACAUACAAGGGAUCAUCGAGAACCCCGGAAAACUCUUGGACAUCUCGUCCGUCUCCUCCGCGGCCUCGGAGUCCCAGACGGCUGGCGCCAAGCCUCUCCGGUCGGGGAGGAGGAAGCCGCCAGCACCUAAACCUACCAACUGGACGCCGGACCCGGCUUCCAAGGCGGAAUGGCUGAAGAGACAGGAGUCCCCCGCGUGGAAGGAGAUGGUUUCCAGCCGCCAAAGGCUGCCAGCCUGGAAAGUCAAAGAAAAAAUCGUCCGAACCGUAUCCGAGAACCAUGUCACCAUCAUCAGCGGCGAGACAGGUUCCGGCAAGUCAACGCAAUCCGUGCAGUUCAUCCUCGACGACCUCUAUUCCAAGGGCCUAGGCAGGUGCGUCAACAUGCUCGUCACCCAACCGCGAAGAAUCUCGGCCCUCGGGUUAGCAGACCGAGUCGCCGAGGAGCGAUGUUCCAAAGUCGGCGACGAGGUCGGAUACGCCAUCCGUGGAGAAUCCCGCCGCAGCCACCAAACUCGGAUCAACUUCGUGACGACGGGUGUGUUGCUCCGCCGCCUCCAAGUUUCGGGAGGCCGGAUCGAAGACGUCAUCGCGUCGAUUGCCGAUGUGAGCCACAUUGUUGUCGACGAGGUCCAUGAGAGGAGUCUUGAUACCGACUUCCUCCUGACCAUCAUUAGGGAGGUGAUGAGGCGGCGAAAGGAUCUCCUCAAACUCGUCCUCAUGAGCGCAACUCUAGACGCCGCAUCGUUCAAAAAUUACUUCGCGUCCGAAGGACUAAGCGUCGGACUGGUAGAGAUCGAGGGUCGCACGUUCCCCGUCGAGGACUAUUUCCUCGACGACAUCGUCCACUUCACGGGCUUCAGACCCGAGGGCUACGACCAGUCCAGCAGAGCCGGGAUCGGCGGAGAUGGCAUCGGAAAGGCAAUUCAAAAACUCGGCCACCGCAUCAACUAUACCCUCAUCACCGAGACGGCCCGCGCCAUCGACUCGGAACUCUCCGCGGCCAAGAAGACGGGCGGUAUCCUCAUCUUCCUCCCCGGCGUCGCGGAGAUCAGUCAAGCCUGCAACAUGCUCAAGUCCCUCGGAUCCCUGCACGUCCUCCCCCUCCAUGCAUCUUUAGAGACAAGGGAGCAGAAGCGCAUCUUCGCCCGCCCACCUCCGGGAAAACGCAAGGUCGUCGUGGCCACCAACGUCGCCGAGACGUCCAUCACCAUCGACGACAUCGUCGCCGUCAUCGACAGCGGCAAGGUCAAAGAAACCACCUACGACCCGCAGAACAACAUGCGCAAGCUCGAGGAGAACUGGGCGUCCCGCGCCGCCUGCAAGCAGCGCCGCGGCCGCGCAGGGCGAGUGCAAGAGGGGAAAUGCUACAAGCUCUUCACGCGGAACCUCGAACAGAGCAUGGCCGAGCGGCCUGACCCUGAAAUCCGCCGCGUUGCGCUGGAACAGCUCUGUCUAUCCGUCCGGGCCAUGGGCAUCCGCGACGUCGCCGACUUCCUGGGCCGGUCUCCCACGCCGCCCGAGGCCACCGCCGUCGAGGGCGCCAUCAAGCUCCUACGUCGCAUGGGCGUACUCGAUGGCGACGAGCUCACGGCCCUGGGGCGCCAGCUCUCCGUCAUCCCCGCCGAUCUGCGCUGCGGCAAGCUCAUGAUCUACGGGAGCAUCUUCAACUGCCUCGACGAUAGCGUCGUCAUCGCCGCCAUCCUCAGCACGAAGAGCCCCUUCGUCUCGCCCGCCGAGAAGCGCGACCUUGCCCGCGAGGCACGCGAGCGCUUCUCCCGCGGCGACGGGGACCUGCUGACGGACCUCAACGCCUUCCGCCAGUGGGACGAGUUGAUGCGCCAGCGCACGCCGCAGCGACAAGUCCGGGCCUUUUGCGAGGAGAACUUCCUCUCGUACCAGACCCUCUCGGACAUCGCCUCCACACGCACGCAGUACUACGACGCCCUAACAGAAGCAGGCAUCACCGCCCCCUCCUCCGUCUCCGAAUCCACCAACCCCUCCUCUUCCUCUUCUUCCCCUGCACCCUCCACAUCUGCGCCCCUCCUCCGCGCCAUAACAGCCGCAGCCUUCACCCCGCAAAUCGCACGCAUCCAGUUCCCCGACAAGAAAUUCAUCAGCUCCGUCUCCGGCGCAGUGGAGAUGGACCCUGAGGCCCGGCUCAUAAAAUACUUCACCCAGGACAAUGGGCGGGUCUUCGUCCAUCCUGCCAGCGCGCUGUUCGGUAGCCAGAACUUUUCUGGCGGUGCUGCUUUCGUGUCGUAUUUUAGCUUGAUCUCUACCAGCAAGAUUUUCAUAAGGGAUCUAACGCCAUUGAACGCAUACACCCUCCUCCUCUUCGCCGGCCCCAUAACCCUCGACACCCUAGGCCGCGGCCUCCUCCUAGACGACUGGCUCCGCCUCCGCGGCUGGGCCCGCAUCGGCGUGCUGGCCUCGCGGCUGCGCAGGCUCCUCGACGGCGUCAUCGCGAGGAAGAUUCGUGGGGGUGACGAUGAUGACCUCGGCGGCCCCGGCGGUAUAGGGGCCGGCGAUGCGGAUGAGAUUAUUGGGCUCGUGACGAGGCUGGUGGAGUUUGAUGGGUUGGAUGCGUGA